GGUGUGCGAACAGAAGGAGUGGAUGCUUGUCAAAGUUGUGGACGUGCAUUUUAGGGCUGGUCCUGCACCGGACCCAACAUGUGACACAGCACCUGGCGGGAGUGGGCGUGGGGAAACUACACUUCCGUGACACGGGAAACUUCCACAUGGACACUACAUGGAUGCGUUGUACCUCAGGUUAAAUGCAGCAACACCAGUUCAAGUUUGCUUAAGUAAAGACUGUUUAAGACAUUUUUUGGGACGUAAAGUAGGGGGCGAUGGAGCCCGUGAGUGGCAAAGUGGGCACGCCGUCCUCCGCGUCCGCCGCCGGCGUGAGUGCGAAGGCGCCCAAACAUCUGUGGAGGCAGCAGCAGCAGCAGCAGCAGCAGCAGCAGCAGCAGAACCAGGCUGCUCUCUCCCCGCUGCACCACACGCUCCUAGUGCGCAGGAACCAGCAGCGAGUGAGACAGCGAGGCUUCUCCGACACCGAGCGGUACCUCAGCCCCCUCAACAUGGACAGGACUUACGCCGUGGACACGGGACACCGACCCGGGCUGAAGAAAUCGCGCAUGUCGUGGCCGUCGUCGUUUCAAGGUCUCCGACGGUAAGAAGCUGCUUGCAUGGAUCGGGGGACGGUGCCGGGAAGUGGGGGGCGAAGUGGUCCAAUCAUGGGCGUUGUGGAAGUGCUUUGGGUUCGGGUUUCUUGCAGAACUUUGGACGGGGUCGAUG